CGAGUUCGCGGUCAGUGCGAUGCCAACUGUGUUUGCGUUCACGUUACGAUGACGACCGUCGUCCACCGCAAUCAACCCGAUCAUCAGCGCAGCCAUCAGCAUCGCCGUCACCAUGUUGUUCGCGACCGUCACGGCCGUCGGCCUGGCAGCAGCGGCGGCGGCGGCCAGCCGGGAUGGAUCGCGUUCGCCGUGACCGUGGCCGCGGCCAUCUCGUCCGCGUCCUGCUGGAUCCCGUUGUCCAGCGGCAACGGGCUGUGGGACGAUCUGGUCGGCAAGUGCGACGGCCCCAGGAACACGAUGGACUGCGUGCGCAGCCGGCUCUACAACUACGUCAACGACACGUUCGAGUCGGACUUCAACAUCACGGACGGCAUCGGGUUCACCAGGAACGCCAACGACUACGACACCGUGUGCCCCGGGGGCAACGAUACCGACGCCGCCGCCCCCGGGUCUUUCAGGGAGGCUAGAGCGUCCGAAACGGAAAAUGAAGUGGACGACGGCUGGACCGACGUUACGGACGAGCUGUAUAAGAAGGGCACCAAAUACUUGGUGACGCACGACUUCGAAGCGUCCGUGCCGAGCUUUUUAGGCGGAGGACCUGGUGCCAAGGUCCGUCUGUCGCCCAAGAGAAUCCUGCCAGACGGUGGCAUCAUCCUGCGGAUGGACGUGUUGCCGGCCGAGAGGGAAGCCAGAUCGCCUAGGUUCAUGCACAAAAUGAUAAAGCAACUGUUCAAGAAGAAACUCAUGUCAAGCGGGAUGGCCCUGAUGUUGAUCAUAAAAUUGAUCAAAAUAAAAUUGCUGUUCCUGUUGCCGCUGUUGAUCGGCGCUGGCGCUGCCAAGAAGAUACUGCUCAAAGUUCUGCUGUUCUUGUUCCCGCCGCUGGCACAUCUGUUCAAGUUAUGCUCGUACUAUCACCAUCACGCGUCUAAGUUCCAUCAUUUCCACCAUCACAAGGUUAAACACCACCACCAUCAUCUCAAGAUACCGGUCCCUGUCCCAGUGCCCAUCAAACCACCGCCGAGCUACCACAGUGAUUACUACUCCGGUCCCACGCUAGACCAUCCACCAGGACCAUACGAUGCGCCCGAGGUGUUAAGUGGCAAUGACUAUUACAACCGCAACGGCCUGGACAUGACUAACGUUGUGUCUGACCAUGCGGAUGAAUUGGCUAGCUGGGGCUUGGGUGAGUUAGGCGAAGGUACUCCGGGAUACGACGCUCCUAAGUACUCGUACAGUUCAUCGCCCACGCAGUACGAGCCCGUGAUCAAGACGUACGGACCAAGUGGUGGUCCUCCGUCGUCAUACGUCUCCAGUGGAGGUCCUCCGUCAUCAUACGGCUCGAGUGGAGGUCCUCCGUCAUCAUACGGAUCGAGUGGAGGUCCUCUGUCAUCGUACGGUCAAAAUGGUCCUCCGUCGUCGCCGUACGCCGAAAAGUACGUCAAGAGAGUGGACGAAAGUCAGCAGGCCAUCAGCAGAGUGCCGACGCAACACGCGACUCAUGACCCAGUGUACACGCCGAUCGUGCAUAAAUUAGACGAGAUAUUCCAAGAGUUGGCCGUGCCCGAGGAACCGUGCAAGGAGAAGUUGGUGUGCAAGAUGUACGGAAAUCCAGCGAAAUUCAGUCCUCACAGCAACCUGGUGUCCGCGCAACUCAGCAGCGAGACGGCCGCGAGUUCUGCCGGCCGGACGACGGUCAGCGCGGACGCCGCGAGGCUGUGGCGGUACGUUCAAGCGGCCAAGGAAGGUCAGAACGGCGAGGACUGCCGCGUCCUGUAUCCCACGUGCAACAUGCUCGGGCUGUGAUGACUGACCGGAGACCGGCACUGCGAUCGAAUAAUCAAAAAAUACACACCCACCCCCGGACGACGGUUUUCCCGCGAAAACUAUCGACAGGCUCCGUCGACGAACAAUUAUUAUUAUUAUUAAAUACGUAUAUGUGUAGUUUUAGCAAUAGUCCAUAGUAUCGUAUCGGCCCUCGUCGGACGGCUUUGAUUAUUCAAAAAAAAAAAAAAAAAAAUACCUCUCAUUUUUUUCUCUCGUCGAAAUCACGUU